UCUUCCCUUCGCCAACGGAUAUGGAAACCAGAUAAGAGUCGCCACUCUUUUCCUCCCUUCUUCUCAGCUCUCCCUCACCGAAAAUGGCGGCUUUCACUUCCCCGGCUUCUCUCUCCUUCCUCUCCUCUUCACUCUUCACCGCCUCCUCUCACAAAACCCUCAAAUCCGUCACCCUCUCGCGACCCAAUUCCUUGAAACCCCUCUCCGUCACCUGCGAGCUCGCCACCCUCCCGGUCCUCAACUUCUCCGGUGAGAAGGUCGGCGAGACUUACCUCGACCUCAGGUCUGCGCCGCCAGAGACGGCCCGCGCAGUCGUGCACCGGGCCCUCAUCACCGACCGCCAGAACAAGCGCCGCGGCACCGCCUCCACGCUCACUCGCGGCGAGGUCCGCGGCGGCGGCAGGAAACCCUACCCCCAGAAGUCGACGGGCCGGGCCCGCCGGGGUUCCCAGACUACUCCGCUCCGCCCCGGCGGCGGCGUCGUGUUCGGCCCCAAGCCGAGGGACUGGUCCAUCAAGAUCAACCGGAAGGAGAAGCGGCUCGCGAUCUCGACCGCGCUGAGCAGCGCGGCCGGGAGCAUGACGGUCGUGGAGGACUUCGGGGACAAGUUCGCGGUGCCGAAGACGAGGGAUUUCACGGAGGCGAUGCGGCGGUGGGGGUUGGACCCGAAGGAGAAGUCGAUGUUCCUGAUGACGGAGGUCGCGGACAACGUGCAGCUCUCAAGCCGGAACAUCGGGACUCUUAAGAUGCUGACGCCGCGGACCCUGAAUUUGUUCGAUAUCUUGAAUGCGGACAAGUUGGUGCUCACGCCUGAGGCUGUGAAUUUCUUGAAUGCGAGGUAUGGGGUCGAUUCCGAAGGCGACAGCGAAGAGGAUGGAGAUGAAGAGGAGGUGGUCGAGGAAGGAGGUGAGCCUGAUGAGAACUGAUUAGGAUGACGCUGAGCACAAGAUUCCCUCAACCAUUUUUGAGCUCCCCUGAUCUGAUGACACUUGAAGCUAUACUCUGCUAUGGGUAUCCGCCUUUUUUGGCAAUUUGAAAUUGCUGCAGAUCUGGCUGAGGGUGGUAACUUUCCGUCGAAUUCUUCGAUAUUCAAAUUCAAUUGUAUGAAAUGUGUUGUAGUGAAGGUUUUUUCACUGCAUAAUUCUUUCUGUGCGAUUUGUUCU